AUGAUCUCAGUGAAAGAUAGGAAAGAACAGUUUGUAUCAGGGCUAACAGGCAGCUCCAUUGGUGAAAUCAACUUGAUCACAUUUGUUGCUCUGGUAGCUUAUUUCUGUUGGAAUUUAAUAAAUAGAAAGUCUUCUGACGGCAACGUUCCCCUAAUAGUUGAUUUUCUACUUAACUGGUGCGGUAUAUUGCUCUCAACUACUUUAUAUUCCAAUGAUCCACUUGGCCUUAACAUUCUAAUUCUGGUUCCUUGCGCUGCAUAUUAUUUAAUUACGGAUAAGGCGAGGCCGCCCACUAGGACCACGUCUUCUUCCAAGAAGAAAGACAAAAACUCUGUCUUUAAAAUAUCCAAAAAGCCAUUCAUUACAGCUUACCGCAGUAGUAUGCUAGUGGUGACAUGUUUAUGUAUAUUAGCUGUUGAUUUUCCAUUGUUUCCGCGUCGGUUUGCUAAAGUUGAAACGUGGGGAACUUCAUUAAUGGAUCUCGGCGUUGGUUCCUUUGUGUUUAGCAAUGGCAUUGUAUCUUCAAGGGCAUUGUUAAGACAAAAAAUUGAAGGAAAUAAAUAUCCAUUAACGGUUAAAAUUGUUAAAGCACUAAGAUCUAGUGCCACGUUGCUAGUGCUCGGUUUCAUACGUUUAUGGAGCGUGAAAGGCCUUGAAUAUCAGGAACAUGUCACCGAGUAUGGAGUCCAUUGGAACUUUUUUUUUACACUGGCAUGUAUACCACUUGUAGUAGCAUGUGUGGAUGAAGUUGCUGCAUAUAUUCCUCGUGCACUUAUUGCAAUUGCGAUUUCAAUAAUUCCAGAGUUAUUAUUGUCUAGAGAUGGGUUCCUGGAGUAUUUAAUUUCAAGUCCAAGAGAUUCACUUAUAAACGCUAAUAGGGAAGGAAUGUUCUCACUCUUCGGGUAUUGUUCUAUCUAUUUGUGGGGACAGAACACCGGGUUUCUGGUCCUCGGAAACCAACCAACUGUUAAUAACUUGUACAAACCUUCUGUUGUUCCGUAUAACCCUAAAUCCACUGGAAAUUCCACUUGGGUCAACUUAACUUCCGCAUCUCCAUUGAAAGGGCUCGUAACACUAGAAACAAUUUUUGUUUUUGUAACCAAGCUGGUCUUUAAAUACUACUAUUUCAAUGUUUCGAGAAGAUUUGCUAACGCGCCAUAUGUGCUUUGGGUGGUAACAUACAACUUAGGAAUGUUGGCGUUAUAUUCUCUAGUAGAUUCAAUUUUUGGUAACACCUCCUCAUAUUCUACAAUUCCAUUAACAUUGGAAGCAAUUAAUGCCAAUGGACUAGCAAUAUUCUUGCUCGCGAAUGUUCUUACAGGAUUAAUUAACAUGAACUUAACAACCAUUGAUACUACACCCGUAGAGGGAAUGAUCGUGUUAGUGAGUUACGCAAUUGUUAUAGCUGCAGUAUCCAUUGAAAUGUACAAAAAAAAAAUCUAUAUUAAACUGUAA